CUUACAGAGCUGUUUUUACAGUGUAUUCUUCUGAUUGGCCUCUCUCUCUUUUUCUCUGGCUUCAUUUUCUCUCCGUCCACCUUUAAAGACACAUUUCUUUUGUGUCUCUCGUCCAUCCUCGUCCUCUGGUCUGGUGUCUUCAGAACCAUGGACAGCUCCGUGGACAAACUGGACGCUGCAGCUUUUUUACUCAUUUGGCAACAUUUCGACGCAGACGAUCGCGGCUUCAUCGAGGACAAACACUUGGACGCCUUCUUUCGCAGUGUGUUGGAAAAAACUGGGACGAAGAGAGACGAGAUCAGCGAGGACAAAAUCAGACGCCUGAGAGCAAAGAUCGCGCCGAGUUACGACUGCACGGCUGACGGACGUCUGCAGAUACACAAGCUUGCCGCCAUGAUGCUGCCAGAGGAGGAGAACUUCCUGCUGCUUUUCCGCAAAGAAACGCCGCUGGACAACAGCGUGGAGUUCAUGAGGAUCUGGAGAAACUACGACACAGACAGCAGCGGCUUCAUCUCAGCCACGGAACUCAAGAGCUUCCUUCAUGAUCUGUUCCUGCAGCACAGGAAGUCCAUCACUACUGAGAAGCUGGAGGACUACACGGACACCUUGAUGAAGAUGUUUGAUAAGAACAGGGACGGCAGACUGGACCUGAACGACCUGGCCAGAAUUCUGUCUCUGAAAGAAAACUUUUUACUGAAGUUUAAAAUGGACGCUUCCAGUCAGGAGGACAGGAGGCGGGACUUUGAAAAGAUAUUUGCUCACUACGAUGUUAGUCAGACAGGAGAGUUGGAGGGCCCCGAGGUCGAUGGAUUUGUCAAAGACAUGAUGGAGCUGGUGAAGCCUAGCAUCAGUGGAACAGACCUGGACAAGUUCAGAAAAGCCCUGUUGGGCCACUGUGACAUCAACGGUGACGGAAAGAUCCAGAAGAAUGAGCUGGCGCUCUGUCUGGGCCUUAAACUCAGUUAACCUUCCGUGACUCCUCCUCCUCCUCCUUCUUCUCGCUGUUCCUUCUGCUUAUUUAAUCUUUCUUUACCUUUAAAGUCCGACACUUGUCUCUGAAACACAGUGAUUUAUUUUAUUGGUGCAUUUCAAUCGUGAUUUCUCCGUUAGAAGUCGGAAGGCUCUGAUAAACUCAUGUAAACACCUUAGUCUGACUAAUAUCGAGCUAUUCUUAGUCGGACUAACAUACCUGGAUAAUGUGAUUCAUAGUCUGAUUACUCCUUUAUGUAUACACUUACCUGUGUGUAUACACUUAAAUGGUGUACACUUACCAUUUUCUGUAUUCAAUAUUGAAUCUAAGGUGAGAAAAGUGUAUCACAUACAAAUCUAUAUAAACGUAACAUCUUACUGUCACCGUGUGAUGAGUGAUUUUCAUCUGUUUGCAUGAUGUUAUUGUGAAGUGAUUAAAAACUCAUGUAAUCCA